AUGGCACCAAGCCUCGAGGAACCCGAAGCCGUUCAAGAGGUGAUAAACAACCCACUGAAAGCGAAACCGCAGCUCGUCGCCCCCGAACCAGAGCACUGCCCGGGACCCGAGUCCGAACGCGCCGGCACAGCAGACUCUUGCGCAGGCUGCCCCAACCAGAAGAUAUGCGCGUCAGCACCCAAAGGGCCUGAUCCGGACAUUCCCCUGAUUUCAGCACGGCUAGCAGGCGUCAAGCAUAAGAUAUUAGUGCUAAGUGGCAAAGGUGGGGUGGGCAAGUCGACCUUCACGAGCCUUCUGGCGCAUGCUUUUGCGACGAACCCAGAGAGUUCGGUGGGGAUCAUGGAUACGGAUAUCUGCGGACCGAGCAUACCAAAAAUGAUGGGCGCUGAGGCCGAGACGAUUCACAUCAGCGGCGCGGGCUGGUCGCCUGUCUACGUCAUGGACAACUUGGGAGUCAUGAGCAUUCAAUUCAUGCUUCCAAAUCGAGACGAUGCUAUUAUUUGGAGGGGCCCCAAGAAGAAUGGUCUGAUCAAACAGUUUCUCAAGGACGUCGAGUGGGGAGAUCUCGAUUUUCUCCUGGUAGAUACGCCACCGGGCACGAGUGACGAGCACCUAAGUGUCAACACUUAUUUGAGAGAAAGCGGCAUAGACGGUGCCGUGGUCGUCACAACGCCACAGGAGGUCUCUCUCCUGGAUGUGCGGAAAGAGAUAGACUUUUGUCACAAGGCCGGCAUCCGGGUGCUGGGGCUUGUCGAGAACAUGAGCGGAUUUGUUUGCCCCGGAUGCAAGCAUACAAGUCAAAUUUUCCGACCAACCACAGGUGGCGGCAGGGCGCUUGCAAAAGAGAUGGGCAUUAGAUUCCUUGGGUCUGUGCCAUUGGACCCUAGUAUCGGUAUGGCUUGUGACUAUGGUGAGAGCUUCUUCGACAGCUUCCCUGAUAGUCCGACCUGUGCUUCGGUCGAAAACGUGGUGCGAGAGCUUGCCGAGGAGUUAGGGCUUGCUGUCGAUAAUGUACUUCCUCCGAAACAAUGA